AUGAAAGACGAAAACUUAAAAUUCCUCCACAAGGGAUCAAAUACAACGAGCGAGCGAGCGAGUAGCCGACACAACGAAAACGAAAGGAACCGGCUGGUCAAAGAUGGUGAAUCUAUAAAACAUCAGAAACGAAACAAUUCUCGCGGGGCGCCCAAGAAUGUCUCCCUGAAGGACAUUAGCGAUAUAGAAGAGGCCAUCAACGACCUUUCGGAGCUUGUCGUCAUGCCCCUACGAGUAGCCCACCCAGAGGUUUACUUGCAUAUCGGAGUGCACACGCCUCGCGGUGUGGUACCUCUCCACGGACCGCCUAGCUACGGUAAAACUAUGCUAGCAAACGCUAUUGCCGGAGAGGUUGGGCUACCGUUUAUCGCUAUUUCUGCCCCCUCAGUCGCAUCAGGAAGUCUGGAGAAUCGGGAAAGAAGGUACAAGAACUCUUCGAGAAAAGAGGGACAACACCCAGCUAAAAAUGGAAAGAAUUGUUGCCCAGAUGUUGACUUGUAUGGGCGAUCUUACAUUGGUGAAAACCGGCGGGCAACCUGCCGCGGUCACUAG